GGUAUUGUGCCAAGACCAACCGCUGCAUCUUGACACCUUGUAAGCCAGUGUGCUUGCGACGCUAUUCAUCUUGGUUUUGCCCUUCUUAUCCCCCCUUACUCAACUUAAUGUUAAGGCUUUUGCACGGUUCCAAAGGUCCAGUUCCUAAGACACGUUCCCACUGAACAGGCGUCUGCAUCCAUUUCCUCCGUUUCUCACACUCUCCCUUCCGCAUUCGACUGUCUUGAUCUGAUGCCCUUUGUGCCGCAUUCGCCGUCAUAACGGAGCUCCAGACCCAGCUCGUCCAGCCAAGACAAUCUGGCCCGACCCAGUUGCUGUCGCCAACAGACUCUCUCCGUGACGCUCUCCAACGCCGCCAAUUGAGCCAAUUGAGGAAUUCAGCUACAGCUGCAUGCGCAGCGUUGACCUCUGGUCAUCAUGGCGACCGCAAAAGCCGCCAAUGAGCUCAAGCAGCAGGGGGUCCUGGAAGCUGCCCGUGACCCCAACAGCAACGUCACCGCGGAAGAUGCCGAACGGAAGAUCGUUGAGGACAGCAGGCAAGCGGGCGUGACGGCAUUCACAUUUAACCCUGAUGCCAGUCCAGAGGAGAAGCGGGCUCAAGCCGAAGCUGCAAUUCCGGAGGGGUUCCACCGCAGACCCAAGGGCGUUGCUGUCGUAACCGAUAUCGAUGACGGGACGAAAGCCGAUGUCGAUCUUCCCUCGCCCUCCAAAGCCGGGGCAAUCGAAGUUGUCAAGCGCGAAGACGGAAAGAAGACGCUCGUAAAUGGGCAAGUUGUCGAGGCCGAGGAGGAGGACGACUGGAGCAAGACAGGCUGGGCCCCGAGGUUUGGUUGGCCUACCGAACCCAUACCAGAGGGCGAGGAUAUGCUAGACCAUACGACGUGGGCUGAGUCGCAAUUGCCUGAACAGUACUUUGGAGACUGGUACCACAAUGCGGCCGUCAUUGCGUUCGCCUGCCUCGCCUCGUGGCUAGUAGCUGUGCUUGGCGGAGGCCUGGCUUGGGUGUUUAUUGUCAUGGCCAUCUGCUCGACCUACUACCGUACCUCGAUUCGUCGUGUGCGCCGGAACUUCAGGGACGAUAUCACACGAGAGAUGGCCCUCAAGAAGCUGGAGACCGACAACGAGUCUGUGGAGUGGAUCAACUCUUUCCUGGUCAAAUUCUGGCCCAUCUAUCAACCUGUCCUCGCGAAAACCGUCAUCAACUCGGUCGACCAGGUCCUGAGCUCGGCCACGCCGUCUUUCUUGGACAGCCUGAGGCUGAAGACCUUCACCCUCGGUUCGAAACCCCCCAGGAUGGAACAUGUCAAGACGUACCCCAAAGCCGAUGACGACGUAGUCAUCAUGGAUUGGAUGUUCAGCUUUACCCCCAACGACACGGCGGAUAUGACAGCUCGCCAGCUGAAGAGCAAGGUCAAUCCCAAGGUCAUCCUGGAAAUCAGAGUCGGUAAGGCUAUGGUGAGCAAGGGCCUUGAUGUGAUUGUUGAGGACAUGGCCUUCACCGGCCUGAUGCGCCUUAAGAUCAAAUUGCAGAUGCCAUUCCCACACGUUGAGAAGAUCGAGAUGUCUUUCCUGGAACGGCCGACCAUCGACUAUGUCUGCAAGCCGCUCGGGGGUGAGACGUUCGGUUUCGAUAUCAACUUCAUCCCCGGGUUGGAGAGUUUCAUCAUGGAGCAGAUCCACGGCACACUUGCUCCCAUGAUGUAUGCACCAAACGUGUUCCCGAUCGAGGUUGCGAAGAUGCUCGCGGGCACCCCAGUCGACCAGGCCAUCGGUGUGGUUGCCAUCACGCUGCAUGGCGCCCAGGGCCUGAAGAACAGUGACAAAUUCUCGGGCACACCGGAUCCCUAUGCUGUGGUUUCUCUUAACCGGAGGCAACCACUCGCGCAGACCAAGGUGAUCAGGGAAAACGCCAACCCCCGCUGGAACGAGACGCACUAUGUCAUCAUUACUUCCAUAAACGAUUCUCUCGACAUCGACAUCUACGAUUCCAACGAUAUUAGGAAGGACAAGAAGCUCGGUUCCGCAUCCUUCCCGCUGGAGCACCUCGAGGAGGUCUACGAGCAUGAGAACGAGAGGCUUGAACUUACCCACGACGGCAAGGCGAGAGGUGUGCUCCUCUGCGAUGUCCGCUUCUUCCCGGUCCUGGAGCCAACGAAGCUCGACGAUGGAACAACUGAACCGCCUCCUGACUCGAACCAGGGCAUUCUGCGGUUCACUGUCGAGCAGGCCAAGGAGCUCGACGGUACUAAGAGUAUGGUCGGGUUACUCAAUCCUUACGCAAUGCUUCUCUUGAACGGCAAGGAGGUCCAUACCACCAAGAAGCUCAAGCGGACCAACGACCCGAUCUGGGACAAUGGAUCCAAGGAGAUUCUGAUCACGGACAAAAAGAACGCCAAACUUGGCGUCGCAAUCAAGGAUGACCGUGACAUAGCCGGAGAUCAGCUCAUUGGAACGUAUCAGAUCAAACUGGAGGACAUGCUUGAAUUCAUGGCCAAGGGGCAAGAGUGGUACACUCUUGCUGGCGCCAAAACCGGUCGCGUCAAGAUGAUGGCUCAGUGGAGGCCGGUAGCCAUCUCUGGAGUCGCUACCGGCACCGGAGGGUAUGUGACGCCUGUCGGCGUCCUGCGGUUCCACAUGAAGUAUGCCAGGCAGCUACGGAACGUGGAGGCGCUGGGCAAGUCGGACCCGUACGUACGAGUGGUCAUGUCGGGCAUUGAGAGAGCACGCACCGUCACUUUCAAGAACAACCUCGAUCCGGACUGGGACGAGGUUCUCUACGUGCCUGUGCAUUCCCCCAGGGAGCGCCUCCAGCUGGAGGUCAUGGAUGCCGAGAACGUGGGCAAAGACCGCAGUCUCGGUCUCACUGAGAUUUACUCUGGCGAUUACAUGGCGCAAGAUGAGAACGGUGAAUGGCUUGUACACGACGAAAAGAAAGAACGCCAGGACGGCCUGCGCAUGCAUGGCAAGGGAACCUCCAAGGGUACUCUUGCGUAUACUGUGGCCUUUUACCCUACACUCAACAUCGCCGAUCCCGAGGAGGUGGAGGAGAAAGAAAAAGAGGAACAGAAGGAGGAGGAAGCGAAGGAAGCCGAGAUGGAGAAAGACAAGAGCUCCUCGUUGAGCAGGCCAUCGUUCGAUGCGAAGUCAUCCACCAGGCCAUCUCUGGAUGUGAGGCCCGGCGACGGAAAGGAGCCCGGGACACCCUUGACGCCGAAGACGCCGACCAGCCCUUCGUCCGCCAUCUUCGCCAGGAAGUCGCGGGAUGAGAGGGAGCCACCGAAGGUCUAUCUUACACCUCAGGAGCUGCUCCGAUACGAAUCCGGCUUGGUUAUCUUCAGACUGAUGGAGGCAGAAUUGCCCAAGAGUCAGAGCCGCGUCGAAGUCUUCGUAGACGACAUGGCCUUCCCGUCCUACGUUUCCUCGGUGGCGAGGUCAAGGCACCACAAGUUUGAUGAGAUCGGUGACUGCUUCAUUCGCGAGCUAGAGUUCUCAAGGUUGACAAUCAAAGUCUCGGAGAGGAACGACAAGCGCGAAGAGGGAAGCAAGGAGCACACACUGGCCCGCCUGUCGGGCAACACACUGGAUACCCUCAAACAGUGCCUGAACAAUCCCACGAUACUCAAGAUGAAGGACGACGACGGCAAUAUGUACUCGAUCAGGGUCAGCCUCAAGUACGUCCCGGUCAAGAUGAAGCUCGAUCCCAGCGAGAGCAUCAACAACAUGGGCAACCUCCGAGUCGACGUUCUGGACGCUCAAGACCUGCCGUCGGCGGACUCCAAUGGCAAGAGCGACCCAUACACCAAGUUCGAGCUCAAUGGCCAGGAGGUGUUCAAGACCAAGGUGCAAAAGAAGACACUGAACCCGACGUGGAACGAGUUCUUCACUGUCCCGGUUCCUUCCAGGACCGCAGCCAGGUUCAGGGCCACCGUCUGGGACUGGGAUUUUGCCGACAAGCCCGAUUUCUUGGGCGGCACCGACAUCAAUCUGGAGCAGCUCGAGCCUUUCCGGGCGCAGGAGUUCCGGUACCCGCUCGACGGCAAGUCAGGUGUGCUCCGUUUGCGCAUGCUCUUCACGCCAGACUAUGUCACACGCACUAGACAGGGCACAUCGACCCUGGCGGGCACCUUCUCGGUGCCAGGCAAGAUUGUGACGGGCGUCGCCGGCAUCCCGAUCAAAGGUGGCACGAUGGUCGGUCACGGGGUCGGCAAGGGCGCCUCCUUCCUCAUCCGCGGAUUCCGCAGCAAGAAGGGGGACGACGACAGCAGCAGCAUUUCAUCCAAGAGCUCUGUCGACAUCCCACGGAUCACCAUGGAGGGCCCAGCCGAGAGCAGCCAGACUGCCGCUGCCGCCAACGGUGGCCCUUCGCCGCACCACAGCCGGACCAAGAGCAUCGGCGCCUCGUCUGUCCACAGCGCCAUCAUCCCUGGCGCUGCAUCCGGCACGGCAUCCUUCACCGUCGUCUCGGCCUCGGGCUUCCCGCCGUCGGCCGACGUCUAUGUCACCAUCACGCAGGUCAGGGACGGCAAGGCGAAGCAGGUCGGCAAGACCAAGCACCGCAAGCAGUCGUCCAGCGGCACCGUCCGAUUCGACGAGACCUUCCGCAUCCAGUGCACGCCCGACGCGCAGUUCAAGGUCGAGGCCAAGGAGCACCACACCUUUGGCAGUGACGAUCCGCUGGGCGAGACGCUGUAUUUUGUGGAUGACUCGGGUUCCGGAGCGGAGAAGGCGCUGCCCGUCGGCAGCGGUACGGUGGUCAUCAAGAGCUCGUUCGUGCCGGCAGCGGGAGGGAGUGGGAGUGAGGGAGGAGAUCGGUUAGGCCUGUCGGAUAGUCCUAAGUCGACUAAGUCGGCCAGGAGGAGCUUCUUGGGGAAGAGGGAGUUGAGGUUGCCUAGUCGGGACGGGACGCCUUGAUGUUGAUGCAAACGCAGUGGGAGGGUACCUUAGUUUCAUUAUUCUAGCUGGGAGAAAACAUGGCGGUGCGGGGAGUAUGGAGCGCCCUUGGGAGUUUUCAUGGGUGGAAAAUCGUUAGUUGGUCACACAUUAUAAUAUCUCACUACCUAUUAUACUACAAUGGUAUUUGAUGCCGUGCUUUGGUCGGCGGU